AUGAAUGCCGCUCUUGGAGAGGUCCUUAUGCCUGUCGUAGGACUUGGCACAGGAGGAUACGGCAAUCCCAAUGAAACGGACGGUGAAUAUUGGGGACCUGAACAAGGCCAUAAUUCUACAGUUGCAUGGUUGAAACUGGGCGGUCGACGCAUUGAUACCGCCUAUGGCUACGGUUCACGCGACGGAGUCGGUACAGGAUGGGUCGCUAGUGAUGUACCUCGCUCCGAAAUAUUUAUCACAUCCAAAGUGGAUCCGUCUGGUUGCACCGAAGCCCUCGAAGAGUUUGCUAUUACUCUAAAAUCUCUGAAGACCGAUUAUAUCGAUCUUCUUCUCAUCCACUGGCCGGGCGCUCAACCAGGCACGUCCGGUGAGCCAAUUCCUUCUUGUAAGCAAGGGAAAUCAACUUGGACUGACUGUCGCCUUCAAACAUGGCAAGCAUUACAAAAAUUAUUUGAUCAGCAACGUGUUCGUGCGAUAGGUGUAAGCAAUUUUGAAGUAAAUCAUUUAUUAGAAAUCAUUAAUUUAAACUCUUCUAUUCCCAGUGUCAAUCAAGUUGAAUUUCAUCCUUAUUGGCAUGAAGACGAACUUCUUGAUUUCUGCAAGAAACACAACAUUACCUUCAACAGCUACUCUCCAGGCGCUGCACCUGAUCACGCAGUGUGGCUUGGUCCCUCUUGGAAUCCUAUUCCGGACCUGCGCAAGCAUCCCACUAUUAUUCAGAUAGCGCAGAAGCACAGUAAGACGCCUGCACAAGUAAUAUAUCGAUGGCAUUGGCAGCAAGGCAUCGUCAUCAAUCCUCGCACUCGCAAUUCGACACACAUGAUGGAGAAUCUAUCCAUAUUCGAUUUUGAGCUCGAUAUACAGGAUAUGAUGACUUUGGCCUAUUUAAAUCAUCCAAUCACUAAACUGGGCAAUGAUCCAAGACUAAUUUUGUAA